AUGGUGGCUGAUAAUCUCUCUACGUUUUUAACUCUUUCUCGAAAGGACACUGUUCCAGUAUUUUCGAACAGAAUUAAUAUUUCCACUCAUCAUAACGAUGUCUCAAGCUAAUCAAUUGAUGAAAAAGGAGAUAAUAACAUAGACUAAGGAGGAACAACUGAUUAAGGGUAUAACUCAAGCAGAUAUAUUGGAGUAGUGAUCACCCUUGACAUUAUUAGUUUUAUCAUCAUAAUUCUAUUGGCAAAGUCGGCUCACAAAGCUUAUAAAUUUAUGACAAAGAAGGAUAGACUCCUACUUUUUCACUUCUUAUUUUUGGAAUUGUCUUUAGUAUGCAAGACUCUUUCAUAUAUGUUGAGUGCUAUAUACUUUUCAAGUGAAGGCUAAAACUUAUCUUCUAGCAUGACUGAAUUCUAUAUAUACAUUGAAAACCUAGGAUAUUUGUUUUUCUUUACUGCAUGUUCACUUAACCUAUAUAAAUGGAGAAUAUAAUUUGGAAUUUUCUCUUGUCUAGUAUUGGCAGUUAUGGUUAUUGAGUUUGUGAUGAUUUCACUCGAUGCUGAUAUUGAAGAUGAUAUGAAAGCCUAAAAGAUUGACCGAGCAUUGAAUAUGAUUUACGCUAUAAAUGGACUCAUUUUAGGUAUCGGAUUUAUAGUUGUAGGCUGGAUGCUACUUAAGAAACUAAAUUUCAACUAUGAAGACAUAUACGAGGAGAAUGGAAAAUCAACAAAUUCUUGGAAUUAGUAAAUUAAAAAAAUUAAAACCUUUUUCAGUCCAAUUUAUGAAUUCUGCGCAGUUUUCCUAUUUGAAUUGACUCCUAUCCUUGCUUAGAUUAUUUUGAUAAUGAAUGCAACUAAGAACUCUUGGAAUAAUAUUGAACUUUAAACAGGCUACAUCAAUGAUGCCUAAAAAUCACAGAAUCCACAUACCUCAGCAAGAAUAGUUGUGACUAAUGAUAAAUCAAGUGCUAUAAUAACUGACAAUGAGAGUCAAUCCUCAUCUUUAUCUGAGAAAGAAGGACUUCUUAAAUUUAUCAUGCAGGAUUAAUCAGCUGACCAAAGCAAAUAGAUUGCUUAGAGAGACAAUUACACCUCAACUGAUUUCGCUUUCAACAAUAAAUAUUAAAUUUUUCUAAUGGAAUGUCAAGAUAAAAUGAGACUCGCUGAAUUAUAGCAAGAUAUGCUUUCUUCUUAACACACUGAGGAUAUAUUAAAUAUGAAGUCUAAGUCAAGCAGUUCCCCUGGCUAUUUUAAUGAAUAUAUGUAAGAAUGA